CAUUUGUCUGUUCCUCCCACUGAGUGAAUGUGUGAGCAGGAAAAGGGAGAGGAGUGAAAGAGAACCUGAAUGGUUUCAAUCACGCACCUACAGAUAUAUUACAAACAAACAUCAAUUUACUAUUACAUUGACUAGAGAGAUCUAUAUACAAAUACUAAACAACAGUGCAAUGUUUGGUAUGAUAAAGAAUUCACUUUUUGGAGGCGUGGAAGUCAAUAAUGGGACAUUGCUACAUAAACAAGAGAAGGAUGGAAUAACAUUUGAAGAGAGAGCAUAUGAGGGUGGAAAAUUUGCCUCACUGGAAGUGUCUGGAAAGCCAUUUGAUGAGGCAACAAAAGAAUGUGUUCUGAAGCUUCUGAAAUAUGUUGGUGGUUCUAAUGAAAAGGGUGCAGGAAUGGGAAUGACCUCUCCUGUCUCAAUCAUAAGUUAUCCGACAAAGAGUGAAACUCUUGAACCAAAAGUCAAGGUCAUCCUUCGAAUUCCAAACCAGUUUCAGACAGAUCCCCCAAUUCCUACUGAUGAGAACAUUUGUAUUGAACAUAGAGAAGGCUUGACUGUAUAUGCCACGCAAUUUGGAGGAUAUGCCAAAGAAGCAGAUUAUGUAGCACAUGCUGCAAAACUCCAUUCUUGUCUUGGACCAGAUGCAUCAUAUUCUACAGAUUAUUACAUUUGCUGUGGCUAUGACCCACCCAUGAAACCUUAUGGAAGAAGAAAUGAAGUCUGGUUUGUUAAGAACAACUAAAGUGGACCCUUGUGCUCCAGUACUUGAGUGUGUGGGUUGAUAGAUAAACAGUGUACAGUUUGACAGUCAAUAGAUAGACACCAUAUGUUAGACAGACAUUAGGUAGACAGGGUCAAAAGUUCGACAGGAAAAAGGUAGACAGUACAAAAGGUCGACAGGGUCAAAAGGUCGACAAAAAAGGUAGACACCAUAUUUUUUGCAUUUUUGUAGUUUGUGUGGAUAGUUUUAUCAUCUGGGACCCCCAAUUGUAGAAAGGCAUACCCUCGCAGGGCUCGCUUCGCUCACCACGCUCAGGCUCGGUGGCUCGCUGAUCUCGCCACAAGGUUUGUAUCCAACUCUAUGCCGACAUGGGUGGAGACGGUAUGAAAUAGUCCAAAAACGUAAAAUAAAAAUAAAAAUGUGUCUAUCUUUUUUUAUGUUGACCAUUUUCACGUCGACCUUUUCACACUGUCGGCCUUGUGUACUGUCUACAUUUUUCAUGUCGACCUUUUGACCCUGUCGACCUAAUGUCUGUCUAACAUAUGGUGUCUAUCUAUUGACUAUCUAACUAGACACUGUCUAUCUAUCAACCGGAUACCGUAUAGGAGUGAGUGUUACUAAUAUUCUGUGAAUGUGGUGGACUUCUAUUAACGUCCAUCAGGUAGAAAGGUUUUUUUUUUUGUAAGACUUGGCUUUCAUUCUAUUUUGGCCACAAGUAUAUCUGGAGCUAAACUAUGUUCCUAGUGGCCAUCUACUUGCCAAAGACUAAUUAAAUGUGAGUCAACUAAAAUAUGUAAUAAAAAUGUCAAUCAGAGGUUACUUUUGGAGUGUAUAAAGAAAAAGAACAUAAAGGUAGCCAUGAUUAUGUCCAAUUAGUAAUGAUUAGCAUUAUUAUAAACAAAGUUAAUAUUUCUUAUCUAGAGUUUUUCUUUUUUUUUUAAAGGUCAUGUAGGUAGUUUUAUAAUUACUAAGGGAAUACAUACGAUAUGCCAGCAGAUGGGAUGCCGGCAGUCAUAUGACCGACACCGGCAUCCCAAUGCAGAGAAUCCCAACAGGGGUCAGGUAAGUAUGUUUACCUUACCCCCCUAAACCCUAACCCUCCCUUCCCGCAGCCUAACCAUAACCCUUCCUCCCUGGUGGUGCCUAAACCUAACCCCCCUUCCCACAGCCUAACCCUAACCCCUCCCCGUAUUCUAAUCCCCCCUUCCCUGCAGCCUAACUCUAACACUCCCUUCCCUGCAGCCUAACCCUAACACUCCCCCCCCCCCCCCCCCCAGCCUUAACCCAUCCCCGAUUCCAGCGUUGGCAUUUCAAUCCAUGUCGGGAUUCUGACUGCUGGGAUCCCUUACUAAGAAGCUAGUGAAAUAAAGGACUAAAGAUAUUGGCCCUCAUUCCGAGUUGAUUGCUCGCUAGCUGCUUUUAGCAGCAGUGCAAACGCUAGGCCGCCGCCCUCUGGGAGUGUAUCUUAGCUUAGCAGAAGUGCAACCGAAAGGAUCGCAGAACGGCGUCUGAAUUUUAUCAAGCAGUUUCUGAGUAGCUGCAGACCUACUCCUACCUUGCGAUCACUUCUGACUAUUUAGUUCCUGUUUUGACGUCACAAACACGCCCUGCGUUCGGCCAGCCACUCCCCCGUUUCCCCAGGCACACCUGCGUUUUUAUCAGACACGCCUGCGUUUUUUCACUCACUCCCCGAAAACGGUCAGUUACCACCCAGAAACACCCACUUCCUGUCAAUCACUCUGCGGCCAGCAGUGCGACUGAAAAGCGUCGCUAGACCUUGUGUGAAACUGCAUAGUCUUGUUUGAAAGUACGUUGCACGUGUGCACUGCGCACCAUGCGCAUGCGCAGAAAUGCCACUUUUUUACCUAAUCGCCACGCUGCGACCGAAAGCAGCUAGCGAACAACUCGGAAUGACCACCAUUAGUCACAAAGUGCAUCACACACCCACCCACACGCGCGCACACACACACAUAUAAUUUAAAGUGGAAAUUUGGAAGUGGUAUGACUGAAUGGAUUUUAAAGCAUUACACACAAAACCGUGGGAGAGGUGAUGGCAUGCCACGUUGCCAUAUACAGGCCCAUUUCGUAUAUGUAUAUUAUGUGGCAAACAUGGCAAUAAUUUAAUGUCCUGAACUGCUGGGUUGUAGUUUAUUUACAAAUUUGUCAGGAUGGCACAGACAACAUUCAGUGUUGCUCCUGCAAUCACAACAGCAAAUUUUUUCUGCGACUCUGUCACUCACUGGGGUAUAUUCAAUAAGAGUCGGAAACUGCCGUCUUGUCGGAAAGAUGGCAGUUUCCGACUGAUUUAGGUCGGAAGGCGUUCCGGCCUAUUCAAUAGGGGUAGUUUUUUCAGACAAGUCGGGAAUUCUCGACUUGUCAGAAAACACGUGGCUCGGCGGAAUAGCCACCGAUCCGCGUGCUUCUGUCGGAAAUGGGGCCAAAUCUGACAGGCUUUCCGACAAUCUCAAUCCGACUUUUAAAAAAAGUCGGAUUGAGGUGAGGAGACAGGGAGCGAUGCGGCGGGCUACAGGGAGCGGUGUGGUGGGCUACGGGGAGCGGGGCUGGCAGGUUCCUUAUGACGGCCGUCCCCUGGCCAGACACCUCUCUCCCUGCCGGACGGCACUGGGCUACAUGGCCGUGAUGUGCGGCUCCAGCAGUUCCCUGUGUUCUCACACACGGGGAGCUCCUGACAGCAGCUGCACCGACACCAGCCAAAUCCAACAGUCGGAUUUGGCCACUCUAUUGAAUAGGGGUUGUCGGAUCCAUUCCGACAAAUGCAUGUCAGAAUGGAUCCGACUCUUAUCCGACCUCUAUAAACUGGUCACCUAGGUAGUCACCAGCCACCUGGUCCAGCGUCAAUCACCUUGACUCAAACAGAACACAGUCUAUUUAAGCCUCCUCCCCAAUCACCGCCCUUUAAUAAGUAACAUACUUGUAGUGCACCUGUGUGUGUGCUGUGUGUACAGGUUAUGUGGAGAGUGGAGACUUAACCCUAUGUUUACCAUAAGACUGUAGUCUCCCAUAGAAGGCAUUAAUCUCUCACAAGAGACUGGGACAAACUACCCUGUUUGUCACUAUAUUUAAAUAUGUAAACAUACAGUGCAUUCGGAAAGUAUUCACAGCGCUUCACUUCUUCCACAUAUUGUUAUGUUACAGCCUUAUUCCAAAAUAGAAUAAAUAACAUAUUUCCCUCAAAAUUCUCCACACAAUACCCCAUAAUGACAACAUGACAAAGUGUUUUUUUAGACUUUUGCACAUGUAUUAAAAAUAAAAAAACUAAGGCUGUAACAUAACAAAAUGUGGAAAAAAUUAAGCGCUGUGAAUACUUUCCAGAUGCACUGUACAUACACACACACACAAAGAGAAACACACUAUGAUACCACAAAAUAAAUGCUACGUGCAUCAAGUUGGAAAAUUAAUGCUUAUCUAUUUGUGUAUCGUGACCUCCAGUCAGGGGUGCUUUAAUAAAGGAGGAGGCCCGUGUCCAUCCUCCUCCAUUAGUACCCCUUCCUCUCUGCCGGGAGCGCUGUAGAGUCUGAGCACUAGAGGACUCCGACUCUGCUGCGAAUGAGCAGAUCUCCGGGAAAAUGGCGCGGUGGCUAUUUUCCCAGUGAUUUCUCUACUGCGCACGUCGGCGCGGGACACCGGAGGGGUGAGUAUUAAAAAAAAAAUGGGUGCAGCGAGUGCGGUGUGGGCCCCCCUGCACACACUGCACCCAUUAUAGAUACGCUAGUGCCCCCAGUCAGAAACAUCCCACAUCAAUGCCUCUGAUACUGCCAUAAACUGGGCUAGUAUGCCACGGAUAUUCAGAAUUUAGACCCACAUACAAGAAACACACUACAGAGACAGCUUUUAGGUGAAGUAUUGUCUCAAUUCAAUAAAAAAAAUCCAGAAUCCUUACUGGAUAAGAUCAAUCUUAUCUGAAGAAUGGCCCAGAACUGGAAAUUUUCAUUUUCCUGCAAUCUUCUGGGUGAUCUAAAUCUCUGAGUGGUGGGUGAUCUCACUGAGUUUGAGAAUCUAUGAUCUAAAUCACAGGUCCUCAAACUCGGCCAUCAGGAACCCACACAGUGCAUGUUUUGCAGGUCUCCUCACAGAAUCACAAGUGAAAUAAUUAGCUCCACCUGUGGACCUUUUAUAAUGUGUCUGUGAGUAAUUAAUACACCUGUGUACCUGCUGGGUUACCUGCAAAACAUGCACUGUGUGGGAUCCCGAGGACCGAGUUUGAGGACCACUGAUCUAAAUUGAUCUGGGAACAGGAGCUAGGAGCCCACGCCCACCCAAUGUGAUUUUUCUAAAGACACUUUCUCAGGGAUAGCAUUUCAUUAAAUAUACUGAAUUAAUGCUACCUCUAAUGCAGUGUAAAUGUACUAUAUCGUCAGUUUGUGCUUCUAAAAGGCCAUGUUUUGUCUCCGAAUUUCAUUAUUGUCUUCAAAUAUACUCUCAUUCUAAUGACUUAUGCUUCUGUAAAAUCAGAUCUACAGUAUCAGAAGAAUAUUUCUGCAUUAUUGUUAAUUUUGCUUGGCAUAGCAAUGUCCACGUCCACAAAUAUUUUAGGGCUACAAUUUGCCCUUCACUAGGUCCUCCUGACAAAGGGAAAAUUGUAGCCUCAAACUGCUUUCUCUUGUUAGAAAAUGUAUAAUGCUAAAUCUGUUUUGUAUAGUCUUCGGUGAUCUUUGGUCAUUUCCAAGUACAGACAUUUCUUUCUUAUUGUGAGAAAAUGCAGAAGGAAAUUCUAUCAAUACAGAUUUUUAUAAUGUUAGUUUUAUCAUCCAAAUGUAUCAUUCACAAUUUAGAGCUGUGUUUCAUAUACAGAAGCUAAGAUAAGAUAUCUGUAUGGAAGCUGCAACUAAUAGCUAGGGCAGAAAUUAAUCGAAAAGAUUAUACAUGUUACAUUGCAAAACCUGAAAUAAAUGCCUUUAUUAUUACCUAA